AUUUUGUCGUUAAGAUCUCCUUUGGGUCUUGCAUUCUUACCCGCGAGAAGCAAAUUAGGGCAAAAUUCCCAAAUCCCAGUUCGAGAAGGACACAGAAGAAGUUAAAGGUAGCUGCUUUGAGGAACUUCGGCCUUUCUUCUCUUCUUUCUAGUCUCUUGAGUAAGCUCUUUUUCAAGUGAAUGAUCUAGAAGUUUCAUUACCACAAUGCAAAGAGAAGCUAAAAUACUUGAUGGAAUCGAUCUUUCGGAAAUGGAAAAUCCCCACUUUGUCGGAAAAGAAAAAAAAUCCAAAUUAUCUGCGACUUGAAGCAUGCAAUUGAUGGAUUUCUCAAUUUUUUUGAAAUAACAUAAUCUGGGUUUUACUGCUUAUAGAAGAUUUUGAUUUCUUGGUUGUCUUAUGGUUUAUUGGGGACCGAAAGGGAAGACAAAUACUGCACAUCAAAUGAAGCAUAUAGUGAAGAUCAUGGCAUUGCUGGUAGCCAUGUCGGCUCUUUGGAUUAGCCUAUUGCAGUCAUCUAAAAUACCCGAGAGCUAUACUUGGUUGCUGCCUCUCUACUUCAUUGUAUCACUUGGGUGCUAUGGUCUGUUAAUGGUCGGAGUUGGUCUGAUGCAAUUUCCGACUUGCCCGCAUGAGGCCGUUCUAUUGCAACAGGAUAUUGUUGAAGCAAAGGAAUACCUGAAGCAAAACGGGGUGGAUGUUGGGUCCAACCCAUAGGUAUAUUUGAUCAGAGCACUGCAAGAUUUCAUUGUUUUGGAGGUACCUGCAACAAAGAAUUACUAGUUGAGCAACACCAUCUACACAGUACACCGACAUGUCGGCUUAGACAGAUUUGUCAUGAAUUUUUGGCUGAGAUUGUCUAAAAGUUUGCCACUUAGACUGAUAUAGUUCGGACAAGAAAGUUUUUUGUACUGGAAAUGGGCAGCACGCUGUAGCUGAGUCGGUGGAUGUUUCUUUCUUGAGAUGGGAAAUUUGGAAUGUCUUGUUUAUGAA